AUGAGUGAAAAAAUAAGGCAAAAACAGCUAUUUCAAGUUUACAAACAGAAGUACGUCGGUCUUGGGAAUGAAAAUACAACUAUAGAAGAAUGGCAAAAAAAUAUACAGAGAGACACAUACAAUUCGAUCGUUGGCCAUUCAGGUUUACUGGAAUAUGUUAGUCUGGGGAUGAAAUCGGAAUGUAAAAGAGAUAUGAAAAUUAAUCUAAUCAAGAAGAUGUGUCAGCAAAAACAUAGAACUUUAGACGAGGAAUAA